GUGGCCGAAGGAUCAUAGUGUGAAACGAGGCCACCAUGGGGCUGUUGUCGGCAGACACACUGACACCCCUGGCCGUGGCCGUGGCCAUCUUUCUGCUCCUGGUGGACCUGAUGCACCGGCGCCAACGCUGGGCCUCAUGCUACCCACCAGGCCCCAUGGGAAUGCCUGGCCUGGGAAACCUACUACAGUUGGACUUCAAUGCCAUCUCCUACUGCUUCCGUCAGCUGCGGGGCCGCUAUGGGGAUGUGUUCAGCCUGCAGCUGGCUUGGACCCCUGUGGUCGUGCUCAAUGGGCCAGCUGUCGUGCACGAGGCACUGGUGACCCAUGGUGAAGACACCUCGGACCGUCCAUAUACACAUACUUUGGACCACGUGGGCUUUGGGCCACAUGCUGAAGGAGUGAUCAUGGCACGUUAUGGACCUGCAUGGCACGAGCAGCGCCGCUUCUCCGUGUCCACCCUGCGCAACUUCGGCCUGGGCAAGAAGUCACUGGAGCAGUGGGUGACAGAGGAGGGCGCCUGCCUCUGUGCUGCCUUCUCCGACCAUGCAGGACGCCCCUUCAGCCCCAGGAGCCUCCUGAACAAAGCUGUGUGCAAUGUUAUCGCCUCACUCACCCAAGCACGCCGCUUUGAGUACAACGACCUGCACCUAACCAGGCUGAUAGACCUCGUGCAGACCAUGAUCAAAGAGUCGUCUGGGAUCUUGCCAAUGGCACUGAACGUGAUCCCCGUGCUUCUGCGCAUCCCGGGCUUGGCCGACAAGGUCUUUUCAGGGCAGAAGGCUUUCAUGACCGAGCUGGACAAGCUGGUGGCCGAGCACCGCAGGACGCGGGAUCCCGCCCAGCCACCCCGAGACCUGACCGAUGCCUACCUGGAUGAGGUGGAGAAGGCCAAGGGGAAUCCAAACAGCAGCUUCAAUGAUGACAACCUGCGCAUGGUGGUGUCUGACCUGUUCAUAGCUGGGAUGGUGACCACAGCGAUCACACUGGACUGGGCCCUCCUGCUCAUGGUCCUGCACCCGGAAGUGCAGCGCCGUGUCCAGCAGGAGAUCGAUGAGGUCAUAGGGCAGGUGCGGCCACCAGAGAUGGCAGACCAGGCCCGCAUGCCCUUCACCUGUGCUGUGGUCCACGAGGUUCAGCGCUUUGCUGACAUCAUCCCACUGGGGCUGCCUCACCAGACAUCACGUGACACAGAAGUACGGGGCUUCCUCAUCCCCAAGGGGACAGUGCUCUUCACCAACCUGUCAUCGGUGCUGAAGGAUGAGGACACCUGGGAGAAGCCCUUCCGCUUCUAUCCGGAACACUUCCUCGAUGCUCAGGGCAACUUUGUGAAGAAGGAGGCCUUCAUGCCUUUCUCCACAGGUCGCCGUGUGUGUCUCGGGGAGCCCCUGGCCCGCAUGGAGCUCUUCCUCUUCUUCACCUGCCUCCUGCAGCGCUUCAUGUUCUCGGUGCCCGCGGGGCAGCCCCGGCCCAGCGACCACGGGGUCCCUGGUGCCCUGGUGACUCCGGCCCCCUACCAGCUCUGUGCUGUGUCCCGCUAGAGGCAGGACACAAAGACCCCAGAUCACUUCUCAGCAAGCUCUGAUCCACAAUAAAACAAUCUCCUGGCUCA